CAAUAAAUAACCUACAACCGAAUAUUUUCUCUAACAACUACUCAAAUAAAUGAUUUAACAGCUAGAAUGCUACUAAUAAUUGGUCGAAUGGUGUGCAAAAUGUAAGCACUGAGGCGCUUGGGUGCCGAAUAGCCCGUACACUUCGAUUUCUGACAAAUACUCAACCCUAAAACGACGCUAUUGCUUCGACCCAUUUCCAAGGAGCGAGAAAUCCGAACACUUACUAUAUUCACUGACUUCGACCUUCUAUGGCGGACAAUCAAGGGGAAAGCCACCUAUCUGCUGCGGCCAUGGCAACGUCGACUUCUUCUUUACAGACACAAGCUCUAUUGCAAAGUUCUACCAAACCUUUUUUUGUAUGGAGGGAAUUUUUAUGGGGAGCUCUUGCCGGAGGCUUUGGUGAAGGACUGAUGCACCCAAUUGAUACUGUGAAGACAAGGAUUCAAAGUCAAGCUAUUUUGAGUGGAUCUCAACAUCAAAAAACUGUGUUACAAAUGAUUAGAACUGUUUGGGCUGGUGAUGGAAUAAGAGGGUUCUACAGAGGAGUUAUUCCUGGAGUUACUGGCUCUCUUGUAACUGGAGCAACUUAUUUUGGUUUCAUUGAGUCUACUAAAAAGUGGAUUGAAGAAUCACACCCUAGCCUUGGAGGUCAUUGGGCCCACUUCCUUUCUGGAGGCAUGGGGGAUACACUUGGGUCCUUUGUAUAUGUUCCAUGUGAAGUGAUAAAGCAACGAAUGCAGAUUCAGGGUACAAGUAAUUCCUGGAGUAUUGUUACCUCAAAAGCCAAGAGUUGUAAGAUUCCUGGAGUGCAGAUGUAUGGUUAUUAUAAUGGAAUGUUUCAUGCUGGCCGCUCAAUAUGGAAUGAACAAGGGCCAAAGGGCCUAUAUGCCGGGUAUUGGUCUACAAUAGCAAGAGAUAUGCCAUUUGCUGGUCUAAUGGUAAUGUUCUAUGAAGCAUUGAAAGAUCUGACAUAUUAUGGGAUGAAACCGUGGCAUUGUGAUGCAGACUACCAGAUCAAUGGUAGUCUAGAGGGUUUGAUUCUAGGAGGAGUAGCUGGAGGUUUGAGUGCUUAUGUCACAACUCCAUUAGAUGUCAUCAAGACUAGAUUGCAAGUCCAAGGGCCUGAUUUAAGGUACAAAGGCUGGUUUCAUUGCAUCCAUAGGACAUGGGUGAUUGAAGGCGCAAAAGGAUUGUUCAGAGGUAGCAUCCCAAGAGUCGUAUGGUAUGUUCCAGCCUCUGCUUUGACAUUCAUGACUGUAGAAUUCCUCAGAGAGAAGUUCAAUAGAGGAUCAGAAAAUGAACAGUUGCGGAUCAGAAAAUGAACAGAAAGUUUCCGGCAUCUCAAAAAUGGAAUUGGAAGGUUCUUAAGUGAAUUGUCUCAGGAACACUCGAGAUACUGACAAUUUUUUCCCCUGCAUGACUUUUUCGUGCAUACAGAAGGGAUAUUGUUGUAUAGAUUCACUAAUCAUUUAGCAUACGUGUAGUUCCCCUUGUAGAGUUGACUGAGAUAAGGCCAUAAGCGAAUGAACAUUAGCAGAUUCCCAAUUUUGAAUUGAGAAGAUUUUUCGACUGAUACUUGUAUUCUUUCUGUAACAUGGUACUGUUCCGAUGCCUUAAUGUUCUCGGUUCAAAUACAAAAAUUGUACUCUGUAAAAUUCCAAUAUAUCAAAAUAAAUUUUUGCAAUGAAAACAAUCAAUGAAUUUCCUUUUUGAUUACAUUUUCGUUUGAAUAUUGUGUAAUCUUCAUUCAUGGUUUGUUUCUUUAUAAAUUGGGGGACCUCAAUAUUUGCUGUAAUUAUUUAGAUCAAUUUAUUUGUGACACAUCUGGUUAUAUAGGAUGGUUCAUCAUUGAAGUCAAAAACAUUCAUGACGUCAUUCCAUCCAAUUUUCUAAUGAUCUAUAUGUUCUGAUACGAUUACCAAAUUCUCGGUAAAUGAUCAAUUAGACACACCCCAAUAGCAGCAGCCUCAUGA